UUAGACAGCGGUUUGCUGACCUUCACCCCACAUCUUCCGCUUUGGCGCCAUGCCCACCACGGCGGCUGGGAAGAAGAUUGAAGUGGUGCAUGAUGUUUGCUACCACCCCUUGGGCCCCGCCGUGGCGUCCUCGGCGCAGUUCCUGGACGUCUACGUGCCGCCGGAGGCAAAGGAGGAAAAUGCUUCCUUGCCAGUCGUAGUGUUUCUACACGGCGGAGGUUGGCGGCGAGGUAGCCGGCGCUCCAACAUCUUCCAUUUCUUCCAAAACGUGGGAUUGGUGUUGGCAGAUCAGGGCUUUGUUGCGGUGCUUCCUUCCUACAGGAAGAGCCUGCCAUACGCUCCCUGGCUGCUGGGCAUGCUGGGUGCCACGGCGCUCACCCUGACGGCGCUGCCGCUGUUGUUUCGCCGGCAAAGCACGAGGUCCACUUCCAGCUCUGUGGGCGCUCUCGCGGGCGUCUGGGGCGGGCUCGCCUUGAUCUUGCGGCAGCUCAUCCGCUGGGUUUCUCCAGGCGUCCGGCACCCGGCGCACCUGGAGGACUGUGCGCGGGCAGUCGGCUGGGUGCAGCAGGGCGGCACGCGGGCCUUCGGAGGCGAUCCGGGCAAAGUGGUGCUGCUGGGCAACUCCGCCGGCGCCCACCUGGCUUCGCUGCUGGCCUUAGACGCUUCGAAGGCUUCGACGGAGAUUCCGUCGCCCUUGCGAGGUCUCAUUGCCAUCAGUGGCAUCUACUGCGGUCAACGCUUCUACCAGAGCUGGCUCAUGAGACACAUGUUUGGAUACGUUUUUGAUGACCAUCCAAGCUGGGACGACUGCUUUCCCUUGGGUCGAUGCCCUGAUCCCUCGGAUCCCUCGCGACCGGAUUCCUCCUCGCAACUGGAGGGCCUUUGUCCCGUGCUGUUGAUCAACGCGGCCUUCGAUGUGGGUCUCCAGCCGCACGCCGAGGACUUCGCCAAGCGACUUCGGCAGUGCGGCGCCCAGGUGAGUGGUCCUGUGGUCCUGCCUGGCACGGACCACUUUCGCAUGCUGCCCCUGCUGGGGCGGACACAGCGCUCGGGUGGCCGCGUCAGCAGCCGAGAGGAUCGAGAAUUGUUGCCGCUGAUCUCUGACUUUGUGCGCAGAGUUUGCCAAUGAAAAA